AACAACACCUGAGUGUUUGAGUAACCUGAUAUCUGGGCUGAGGUGGAGCCUCUUUCUGAGCCACUCUUCUAGCGGUUCAUUUCCAUCAGAUGAAAAUCGUUUUCCACCGGAGGAUCUCACUUCACGGGCCCAGGUCACGCGGACACGUUAUGGACCGUAAUGACAGAUCGCACUCUUUUGACGUUUGACCCUUCGGACCGACGAGUCGAAACUGGGUCAGAGUGGUUUCAGUACUUAACUGUUUAGUGACCGGUGGAUAAACUGAGGCCAUGGCGCUGUCUCAGAUCCAGUGUCUGGACGAUCACCACGUCAACUUGCGCGUGAGCGAGAGCAAACCGGAGUUUUUCUACAGCGAGGACCAACGGCUUGCGCUCGAGGCUCUCGUCACCAAGGGCCGCGACGCCUUCACGGACUACACCCGCAAGAAUGGCGUCCGGGAGUUCCUCUCAGAACCGGAGCUGGAGCGGAUUGCACACACAGCGGAGGCCUACCGGCCCGGGCACGAGCAUCACCAGAAAUCAGAGACGCCAGGCCCGGGGAACAUCACCCCAGGAUCUGCGGAAGAAGGUGGAGACGGCGAGGUGUCGCUCCAGUACUGGCCAGACAGAUCUGAGGCCUCAGUGGCUGAGCUGGACCUGGGGUGGCCCGACUGCAUUUCUUACCGAGGGGUGACGCGGGUGACCGUGUACACCCAGCCUCCAACUGAGGGGCACACGCACAUCAAGGAGGUGGUGCGGAAGAGCAUUGCUUCAGCGCAGAAGGUAAUAGCUGUGGUGAUGGAUGUGUUUACGGACGUGGAUAUCUUUCGAGACCUGCUGGAUGCGGCAUUCAAACGCAGAGUUCCUGUAUAUAUAAUUAUUGACAUGGCUGCAGUCCCCUGCUUUCUUUCCAUGUGUGGCAGAGCCGAUAUGCACCGUGGACACCUAAAGAAUGUGCGCGUGCGCUGCUGUGGAGGUGUGGAGUUCUUCACACGGUCGGCACAGAAGGUGCGUGGUUCGCUGAGCCAGAAGUUUCUCCUGGUCGAUGGAGACAGAGCCAUCUCUGGUUCAUACAGCUUCACCUGGUCUUCCUCUCGUUUGGACCGUAACCUCAUCACUGUGAUCACAGGACAGGCAGUGGAGACGUUUGACCUACAGUUUCGUGACCUUUACCUCUCGUCCAGAGGUGUGUCUCUCAGCAAGGUUCCAUUGGUAGACGAACCAAUCCCUGACCUGAUCCCUCACACGGCUCCUGCUCCUGUGUCAGCCGCUGUUGCUAGGAAGCUCAUCAAUCCCAAAUACGCCCUGGUUGCCACAGGAACCCACACAAGUCCAGCCUCCUCUGACCAGAACUCCAGCAACAAGAACUCAAACUCUCAGAAUCCCACUGGGCUAAAAAUGAUGAAAGGGCGUCUUAAGGGCGUUAUCGAAGAGCCACCCAUACACCCAGGAUUAGCCCAUCUGGAGAAAGCGUACCUGAUUCCAUACCUGCCCACCUGGCCAGAGCCAGACCCACCCAGCGAUGUGAUUGGCUUUAUCAACAUCAGGGAUGAAAAGCGGGCCAAUCGGGUUCACCUACAGAGGUCGGAGAGGUUUGAGGUCAGCCAGGCUAUACGUUUCAGCUCACCACUGGCACUAGCAGCACAGACUGGGGGACCUGCAUCAGGUCAGGAUGCCAACGCUGCAGGAAAAGCCAAAAAUCCCUCUGGGAAUACAAGUACAGAAGUCUGUACUCCUGUGAGUCCAACCAAAAAACAGGAUAAAGAGAAAACACACACUACUCUGAAUAAAGGCCAAACUGAUGCAACAGAUUCCAAAGAGGCCCCUCAGCAGCCCAAGACACCUCCAGCACAAGACACACACAAAAAUGCGCACACAACCAAAGUAACUGCUGAUUCACAGCCAAAAGACAGUGCUAAAGAAACUCCAGAGGCACAAACUGCAGCACCUCCUGUUCCCAAACGCCGCACACUGCAUUUAGUCAUUGACUCUGCUCCCUCAGAGCAGCUUAACCAACCACUGGUGACUCUGGUAAAAAUGGACCAACUGGAAAGUCUAGAUGGCUCUUCUAGCAAAAAGAGAACCGGAGAGGGUCGUGGCCGCAUAACAUCAAAGAAUGAUUGCAGGGACUCAUGCAGCAACGAAGACGGCAGCCAAGACAGCACCAAGGUCAUGUGUGACCGAGCAGCCAAUGACGAUCCUUCAAGCGCUUCCACGGCGUCAGAGGAGGAGUUUUAUGAUUCCCAGCAGGAGCCAAGUGACCUGUUGACAAAUGGAGUGACGACUGGUUCAGGUCACGGGCAUCGCCAGGGAGAUGGAGUCAACAUGAUGGCCCGCCUCUCCCAGAGCAUGCUGGACCUGCGAGAGCCAAGCCAGCCAGAGGACAGCAAGGACCUCAUCCGCCAAUCACAGCAGCUCCGCAGACAAGGUCACCCCUCACCACACAGGCACAUAGGACAGUUGUUCCAGACCUCAAGAUCUCCAGGUCGUGACACGAGAAUGCGAGGACCUAAAGUAGUCAUUGCCAAACCGGGAAGUUACCACCGCCCCACCCGAGCAGCUGGCCCUGUGAUAGGAGGACACCGUUACUGGCAGGGCCAAAUGCUGCAGCCUGAUUCAGCCCAGCUGCGCACAGAUACACGGUCCAGCCGGUCACCACGACGCCACAGCCCGGGAUACAGGAAGAUGGACCAUGCCUUGCCACACCCACCAGACAACUCAUCAGGGUUACUAGGAGUUUCUUUCUCAAAAGUGAACAAUUUUAGACACUUGAGGGCACGAGGAGGCAUGACGCAGAAGAAAGCGUUUCAAAAUAACAAGGCUACUAGGUAGAACUUGGAACUGGCACAUGUAUACAAGGAUGUUUGUUGAUAUAGACUUCCUGCUAAGAAACUGGUGAUGCUUGUUAUUUCCUGCUUUGAAAUCUCAAAGGCUCAACGUACAAGAUUUUUUUGACCAUGUCAACAAGGGUUGGCAAUUUGAUGUGAUGAUGUGCUUUAAGAGGUAUUGUCUGUAAAUGAAUCUCAUCUCCUUCAAAUCAAAUGCUUCCUGGUUAAAGGCAUCUGACUGGAUGGUUUUAGUUUUGUGGGGCUGAUAAUGAAUUUUAGAAGAUACUGAUAUCUCGGAGGAAAUUAACUCUGAAAAUAUCUCAUCUGAUAUUUAUGUUUACAAACAAAUGCAUAAACUUACACUUUUUUUUAGUCUGGAUCUGUCAAAUUUAGUUAUAAAAGCGCUAAGAUUUCUACUACAGACAAGGUAUUUUGUAGAUGAUAGAAAUCAUAAUAGAUUAGGUCAGCUGUGAUAUUUUUCUCUGCCAAAUAAGGCACCUCAGUUUUGUAUAGAAACCUUUGAACAAAUAUUUGUAAAUUACCUCAGCUUCUUUUCUUUUUCAGAAUUUCGUACUGUAAUGUUUUCCAUAUUCAAGAUACACAAGUGUGAUGUAUCCGACAUGUAAGAUCAGCUGAUUAUGUUUGCCGACUGAUAUACUAGUCAGACUCUAGAGUUGAUACCACUGUGAUUGGUUACUGAUGGUGUGAGGGUAAAGCUACUGUGUUGAUUGCUUUUACAUAUGUGACAGAUGUUGUCAAUUAUCCAUGUGGCUGUACAGACCAGGUGUAUGCCAUGUUAAAUAUUGAUGUGGGACCAAAAGUGAAUGUUGUAAAUAAAAAUACAGAUUGUG